AUGCCGUCGCAAUGUGUUGAUGGACAUCGCAAACCGCCUAAAUACCUCAAUGGAGGUACGAAGAAAGCAUCCAAGGCUAGCUCGUGUCGCGGUGUUACUUCCCUGCAGCAAACCCAGCAUCAACAAGAGAAUAUUUCGAAUACUACAAUUUAUGACAACGAGAUAACUAGACAACAAGUCAACGAUGAGAGACAUAUCCCAGACAACAGAAGCGACCCAUUUGAAGAAGUCUUUGAUGAAGUCAUUGACUCAACCUUUUUCGACGAACAAUCGAGUUUCAAAUUCGGAAAUCAGGCUUGUGGCGGAACUAUCUUUAAAGGAAAUGACAAUUUCAUGCCCUUCUUCUCAGAUGCGGAAUAUUCGACGUCGUCAGAGAGGUCAUCCAGCGUAUCCGAAGAUAGUGAAGUGGGGACGCCAUACCUCGCUCUGGAUGACAGCUUCGGAACCAGCUUGGCAAAGAUACAUAUGUAUGCAAAAGAGGAGCCAUAUUCCGGAUUUGCUAUCAGCAGUGGCUGGUCAAGCACAUUCUUUCCCCACGGGAUCGAAGAAGAACCCCAUGGUUGCUGA